AUAGCACGGUCGAUACGCGCCCAGAGCGAUCUGGAAUUCGAUCUCUUCGAUGCGUUCGGGCAUCAUGGGCUCGCUCAAUUUCCAUACUUUUCGAUUGGGUAUCCGGGGAAAGCCCGAAAUUGGAAGCUCUCCGGCGCGUCCGCCGGCGGUGGCCGUGCCGAGGGUCAGGUGCGGGCUGAGGAACGCGCCGAGAAAACCCAUGUGGAAGAAGAGGGUACUGUCGACGGAAGCAAUACAAGCAGUUCAGUCGCUCAAGCUAGCCAAGGCCAAGCCCUCGGGUAAGUUGGAUGAGGUUUUCAGGAACAGGCUUAGCAGGCUCUUGAAGGCCGACUUGCUGGACGCGUUGGCCGAGUUGCAGAGGCAGAACGAAGUGGACUUGGCUCUCAAGGUGUUUGAAUUUGUGAGGAAGGAAGUGUGGUACCAACCAGAUUUAUCUCUAUUCUGUGACGUGAUUUUGAUGUUGGGAAAGAACAAACAGAUUGAAGAGGCUGAAGAAUUUUUCUCCGAAUUAAAAAAAGAAGGAUUAGAACCUAAUACUAGGGCUUUUGCUGAGAUGAUUGGAGCAUACUUCAAGGUGGAUAUGAUACAGAAGGCAAUAGAGAUGUAUGAAUUGAUGAAGAUAUCAGGAUGUGCACCAGAUAAGCUAACGUUGACAAUUCUCAUCAGGAAUCUUGAAAAAUCUGGAGAAGAAGAGCUUGCAGCAAGUGUAAAGAAAGAAUGUGCUGACUAUAUGGAUUCCCCUGAAAGGUUCCUCAAAGAAGUUGAAAGAAAAUAUACAAAGCAGAGCCUCAACCUUGUUUAGAAAAGUCGGUGGUUUCUCUUCAGCUGCAAGGUGCAGAGCUCUGGAAACAGGAAAGGAAACUGCUUGAGUUUUCUCAGAGUAGAGGAAGGUAAGACUUUAUAUUUGGCCAUAUUUCGGAUAUACAUGUGUGAUUCUGCACCGGUCCUAUCCAGUUUGUUCGACGGUACUCGUAUUGAAAGCAAAUAAUUGCUAGAAGUUUCAUGCAUCUGUUCUUGUUGAAUAUGAUAUUGGUGAUCUGAUAACUGAUUUUUUGGCUA